GGGACAUGGGAAAUUGAUUUGGGGUCUUAUAGACUCGAGUGCUAUAUAUAUUUCUUCUACGAAAAUGGUCGUGUGUAUAAAUGAUUGAUACAUGAACUUAUAAAGGGUGGUAUAUUUCAACAACCAUCGUGAAGAUCAGAUACAUUCAAUUCUUCUCUGCUCCUAUUCAAUACACGACAACGAACAAUAUCUUGCAGGAAAUAAUAUUGCACAUCUCUCAUCAUUUGUCAUAUGAGAGAGAGAGAGAGAGAGAGAGAGAGAGAGAGAUGUUAGCAAUCAUUAGAUUCUACAGUUCUAACGUGUUGGUGCCAAUAAUCAAUUACAAGAUUGUCUAGUUUUAACUUUUGGGUGUCAACAAUCAAUUUGCAGGAAUGCUGACACUAGUGUAGUGUGGGCCUUUUCCCCCGCUCUUGCCUCCCCCAUCAUCGUUCUUUGUUCCUCCCACUAUAUCAGAUUCUUCUGUUCAACAAAUAUCCUGACCUCUAGAUCUCUUCUUCAUUGUUAUGCCACACCUCUCAUCUUUACUCAACUUCUUAAAACUUGCACCUUUAUUCUCUUCCACUCCCACCCUUCCAAGUUUGCAGGUUUAAUGGCUUCCUAUGCAUCCAAACCAGCACCUGCAAAAAAGCUCAGACAACAUCUCCAAGACCAACAAGAUCCUUCCAACCUAGACAUUUACCUUUCUGAACGAAGCUGGUAUAUGAAGAGCUGGAGAUCACUUGGUUGUGACUGCAACAAGGGAAUAAAAGGGAUCUCUUAUGUUACAAGGAUUUUGGCAUCUGCAAUAUACAAGUUCAUUCCCACUAACAAUAGCCAGGAGCUUUCAAAUGAAAUCGUUUCUCCCGCUCGCAGAAAGACCCAUCUAAUCGCAGAAAAAAGGGUCAUAUUCUCAACAAAAUGUUUAAAUGCAUGUAUUUCGGCUGAUUAUAGCAACAUUGAAGAAAAUUGUUUACGUUCUAAAAGAAAUCGAGGCGGUACUCAUGCAAGCCCUGCAACGGCCUUCGAAUUUGGGAAAUCAAACAGAGUGGAGGCUACUGCAGAUACAAUACUUCAGUGGAUAAGCAUGGAAGAGAGCAUGCAGCUCAGCACUACAUCAGUACUGAGGGAAGCACCAUCCAACGAAGAGGGUGACUUCAAAACCAAAAAAGCCCUAUCAAGUUACACAUCCAUUCCGAGCAUAAGAGACGUAGGAGACUCCAUUGUCUCCGUUUCUCUAUUACAAUUAUUGAAAAACUCAUCGAUUGAGAAGAGGAGCCAUGUCAGUUUCGCCAAACCCAAGGGGUUAACUUCGAAGGGUUCUUCCGAGUCUUCUCAGUGCCUACGAUGCAAAAGGCUCUUGCAGCAAAGGAAGCAGCUUCUAUUUGAUUCUGAGAAGGAAGCCCUGGAAACCCAUGGAAGGAAUGAAAAAAAGGAGCAUACUCAAGGAAUAUCAGACACAGAAGAUAUGGAGAUAAUGAUCUGUGAGCAUAUCUGCUCAUGGGGGAAACAAGCUGGAGGCUUUACAAACAAAUUAACCCACCAGAUGAAUUUUGAUUUCUCCAAAACAUUAGAAGAAUGGUGUGAUUUUCAUCAACUGAAAAGGGAGAUAGGCAUGAAGAUAGGAGAUGCUAUCAUGGAAGAAAUUGUCAGAGAAAUGAUUGACUUUUUCUAUUUUUGCAGUAAAUAAGGUGUUCAAUUUCCAUCCACGGGAACAGAUACUUGAGCAAACACCUAGGGCUGGGCUUCUUGAAUUCCGGCAAGUGAACAGGCUGGUUCCAUGAAAGCCAGGAAUGAACAUGAAGAAAGCAUACCUCGAACAAAUCUUGAGGAAGAGAAAAUCAAUCAAAUUAUCCUCGAUUGAUAAGUUACAAGCUACUCAUGUUUACUUCUUUCUUUCUCUACAGCUAAUAAAAGGAAAUGCUAUUUCUUCCAAGUUCAAAUAUAUACAAGCUAACA